AUGCGCGUCCCAAGGAUUAACAGAAUCAUAAAUUAUCGCCAGUUUUCGGCAAAAGUCGGUUUCGUGUUCGAUAUAGAUGGCGUUCUACUACAGGGCAGAACUCCGAUUCCAGGCGCCUCAGAAGCUUUAAAGUUAUUGCAAAAAGAACGUAUCCCUUUUAUUCUCCUUACAAAUGGUGGUGGCAUCUUAGAAUCUGCCAAGGCCGCCUUCCUGUCCUCCGUUCUAGAAGUUGACCUGUCCCCUUCGCAACUAAUUCAAGGUCAUACACUGUACAAGACUUUAACCAGCGAUUACAAGAAAAUACUGGCGGUUGGACCUCCAAGCGUAAGAGAGGUAGCUGAAUCGUACGGUUUUGAAGAUGUCGUGCAUGCCUUGGACAUUCUUCACUAUAAUAGAAAGAUUUCUCCUUUUGCAACCACCUGUCUAGAACAGAUAGCUACCGAUGGCAAGGAUAAUCCAAAUCUGGACAAAACUCCAUUCGACGCAAUCUUAGUCUUUACUGACUCCUACGACUGGGGCACAGAUAUACAGAUCAUCAGCGACAUUUUGAACAGCGAUGGCGGUAUGUUAAACACCAAAAGGGACUACAGCUCCACUACCCCUUCGGUUCCUAUCUGGUUUUCUGCCAACGACCUAUUUUGGUCGAACGGAUACCAGCUCAAUCGUUUCGCCCAGGGCAUGUUCCGGGUGGUUAACGACCGUGUGUAUCAGGAACUAAAUGGCGGCUGUUCUCUCCAUGACAACUUAGUUGGCAAACCUACAUCAGCUACGUUCAACUACGCGUCGCAUGUGCUUAACCACUGGGACGACAUCAUGAAUGGCACUUCCCCCACCCAAACUGUAGACCCCAAAUUGGGGAUUCCACCAUCCUCCAACAAGUUCAAAAAGGUCUACAUGAUCGGAGACAACCCGUAUACCGAUAUCAUCGGCGCUAAAACUUUCGGCUGGGAAACCUGCUUGGUAAGAACAGGGGUGUACUCCCCUCAAGAUAAACUCCCCUGCAAUCCUACAAUGGUCGUGGACAGCGUCCUCGACGCAGUGAAAGCCGCCCUAGCAGAACACUAA